ACAACUUCGCCACUCUUACUGUGUUCCCGUUUGUGUUGGCCUACAGACCUAAUUCUUGCGUGUGUUGUGUGCUGUGCAUAGUUUUCCCGAAAAAAUCGAAAUAAACAAAUAGAUAGAAAGUAAAAGCAUCGAAAUUGAAGCAUCGUGGCGUGUGUCGGCGGCAGGGAAAGUAAAGAUAAAAAUGGUGCGAGCAUAACAAAUUUCUAGAACAGCAAUUACAACAAAAGGCACAAAAACUGAAACGCAAGAUGAAAAUGUGUAUUAAUAUGCAUGACUAGCAGCAGCAGCUGAAGCUAGUUUUAAUAACGAUAGUGCAAGUUUUGUAAAAUUAUCACAUGUUCAUACAUAUGCACACAUUUAUGUACUACAUGUAUGGAUGUACAUAAAUAUUUUGUUUAGUCAUAGAAUUGGAGCAGAGCAGCUAAAACAACAAAAUUGGAGCGCCCCCUCCAGCCAGCCGCAACAACAACAGAACGUAAAUGCUUGUAAUUAUGUGUGUAUAAGUGAAUACAUAAGUGCGCGUUGUUCUCAUGUGGGAAUUGCAAUUUGUUAUUUUUGUAGGAAGAGCUUUUCGCUUGUUGCGCGUGCUCGUCUUUCUCUUCGCUUCGCUCUCGUCGUACAAGAAGUUUUCGUCGUCUGGCUCGGCAUAAUUGCAAUAAAUUUGCUGUUUUUAUAUAUACAUACAUACAUAGAAGGAAGCAGCAAACGCCGAUGCCACCGUCGUCCCAUGCAAAAACAAAUUCCAUACGCGAAAGACAACACUAAGAGCGAAUAACGAAUAGGCAAAGCGAAAACGAAAAAAGCAACAGAAUUGGCGCAGCGCAAAUAAUAAGAACAUAUAGUAGCGACGACAACAACAACAAAAAUAAUAAAAUAAGAGUGAGCGCAACAGUGUUCGUGAGUGCCGCAAAAAAUAAAAAGUAAAAAUAUGCUGAAAAAGCUCUCGACGACGAUUUCGCAGCUGCUGCUGGCGCAGGCGGAAACUGCAUCAGUGCUGAUCGUAGCGGGAGCAGAGCUACAGGGGCAGCAUGAAUCACGAUAGUUCUUCUUUGUGCGAAUAACCGUGUGAAGUGUACAAACAAAUAGAGAAGGUGAACGGGACGAUAACAACAACAGCAAUAAUAGCACUUUUGCUUUCGGUCCCAACUGGUUUUAAGAACGACAAAAAAAAACACAGUAAACUGUGCGCCCCAAAAGACGCUACAGCAGUAUCAGCGUUUUUGUUGUGAUUGCAGUUGAUGUAGCGGCGCAUGCGCUGCAGCAGUAAGUUGCUGCCGACGUCACAAAAAGCAGCAUAUUUUUUGAGCAUGGAAGGAAGUUUGAAUGCAACUGCCAACUGCCAACAAUUAAAACAUCACUAAAACUUUAAGUAAAAAGAAAACAAAAAGAAGUAAAAGGACAUCACAAUAGCAACGUAUUACUAUGGAAAAUUUUAAUGUACCUUUGCUGGCCGAGAGCAGCACCAGCAGUUUCGUUAACAAUGCAGCCAGCGGCAAUAACGAUAGCAACAACCAACAUCACCAGCAUCUGCAACAACAGCAACAAUUACUUCCUCAUCAUCACAAGGAUCAAAUGUUAGCCGCUGGCAGCACUUUUUUGCCCUUUAUCAACUAUACGCAGCUGCAGAAGAACACUCAGUCCAAUUCUGAUUCCAAUCCGCCGGUGGAAAACUUUAGCUCAUUGCACGCCAUCGACGGCAACCAAUUGGAUGUUGCUGUCUCUUUGGGAGGACUAUGCGAUCGCAUAUUUCCCAGUCCCAAUCCGCACAGCACCAACAACAACAACCACGUCGAUGUUAAAUUGUCAGCGCCAUCUGGCGGUAACAGUGGGCCAGUCAUAUUAGAAUCAGUCACAAUGUCAUCAUUUGCCAAUAUACUGUUCAACAACCGCAAUAAUAAUAACAACAAUAAUAAUACCAACAAUAGUAAUAAUAAUAGCAACAAUAAUAAUAAUAACAACAACAACCAGCUUACGGCUAGCAUCGAAACGCUCAAUAGCAUUGACCCACUGCUACUCCAAAAGUCAAACUCAGUGGAGUAUCAUCAGCUAAAGCCAUUGAAGAACGGAGCAGUCUCAACGCCGGUUGUGAGCACAUCUGGAUUUUUAAACUCCACAACAGCACAGCUGUUAGACUUUGAGGUGGUUCCGAACAAUAACAAUAGAGAUGCGAUAGUCGCAGGCAGCAAUGGAUUGGCCGACACAACAACAACAACAACAACAACGGCAGCAGCAGCAACAUCAGCAUGUACAGUCAAUCGAAGAUCGCUGCAUAGCAUUGAGGAGCUGGCGGCCAGUUCCUGCGCCGCAACUAAUGUCAACACCACAACCAUUAUAACACAGGUGGAACAGCAAAAGGAGCAACACAAAGAACAUCAACACCAACAGCAACAUCAUCAGCACCAUCAACAACAACAGCAGCAACAUCAAGCAGGAAAUCUCAGUGGAUCCAACAUUAGCUCCGACGAUGAGUCCAUCUCAGAGGAUGAAUUUGGUCUUGAGAUCGAUGAUCAGGGAGGCUAUCAGGAAACCAACUCGUCACAUUCGCAGCAAAGCGGCAACGGCGCUGGUGUAGCAUCUGCUAACUCUGGCCAGCUACUAAACGGUGGCAGCAACAGCUCUGCCGGCAACGGUUAUAUGUUGCUGCCACCAGGUGGCGCUUCAGCUGCUCACAUGUCCGGCAAUGUGGCUGGCAGCGGAGCAGCUGGUGGAGCGGGCAAUGUCGCGUCGGCUGGAGUUGUUGGCGGUGGUCACCAUAGUGGAACAAGCGCCACCUCUGGCGGUGGCGAAGCCAUCGACUUCAAGCACUUGUUCGAGGAGCUGUGCCCUGUUUGUGGGGAUAAGGUGAGCGGCUACCACUACGGCCUGCUCACCUGUGAAUCCUGCAAGGGCUUCUUCAAGCGGACCGUUCAGAACAAAAAGGUCUACACAUGCGUUGCGGAACGCUCCUGCCACAUUGAUAAAACGCAGCGCAAACGUUGUCCAUAUUGCCGAUUCCAAAAGUGCCUCGAAGUGGGCAUGAAACUUGAGGCGGUUCGAGCAGAUCGUAUGCGUGGAGGCCGUAACAAAUUUGGACCCAUGUACAAAAGGGAUCGGGCGCGCAAGCUGCAGGUGAUGCGACAGCGGCAGCUUGCCCUGCAGGCGCUGCGGAGUUCUAUAGGUUCAGAUAUAAAGCCAACACCUCUCUCGCCUGGCUAUCAGCAAGCAUAUCCAAAUAUGAAUAUUAAGCAAGAAAUUCAAAUACCUCAGGUAUCCUCACUUACGCAAUCGCCGGAUUCGUCACCCAGCCCCAUUGCCAUUGCUUUGGGUCAGGUGAAUGCUGGCGCUGGCGGUGUGAUAGCCACCCCCCUGAAUGUUGGCAAUUUAAGUGGCGGCAGCUCGCUAGGCAAUGGGAGCAGCAACACCACCAACAACAACAGCACAGGAAGCAGUGGUGGCGGCGGGGGUAGUGGGGGUGGAAAUAACGCUGGCGGGGGAAGCGGUGCCAACAACAGCAAUAACAUUCCCGAUGGCCUGCAACGUAACGGAAACAGUGGCAAUAGCAACAGCAACAGCAGCUGCCAUGAAACCGGGAAUGGAUCUCUGCAGAACACAGCUGACUCGAAAUUGUGCUUCGAUUCUGGCACACAUCCAUCGAGCACAGGAGACGCGGUCAUUGAGCCACUGAGGGUCUCGCCGAUGAUACGAGAGUUUGUGCAAUCGAUCGAUGAUCGGGAAUGGCAGACUCAGCUUUUUGCGCUGCUGCAGAAGCAGACCUAUAACCAAGUUGAAGUUGAUCUCUUUGAGCUAAUGUGCAAAGUGCUGGAUCAAAAUCUGUUCUCACAAGUGGAUUGGGCAAGAAACACUGUCUUUUUUAAGGAUUUAAAGGUGGACGAUCAGAUGAAGCUGCUUCAGCAUUCUUGGUCGGACAUGCUUGUGUUGGAUCAUCUGCAUCAUCGUAUACACAACGGUUUGCCGGAUGAGACGCAGCUGAAUAACGGGCAGGUGUUUAACCUAAUGAGCCUUGGCCUAUUGGGAGUGCCACAGUUGGGAGACUACUUUAACGAGUUGCAAAAUAAGCUGCAGGACCUGAAGUUCGAUAUGGGAGACUAUGUGUGCAUGAAAUUCCUAAUACUUUUAAAUCCAGAUGUACGUGGAAUAGUGAACAAAAAGACCGUUGUGGAGGGACACGAGAAUGUUCAGGCAGCUUUGCUGGAUUAUACACUUACAUGUUACCCCUCAGUAAAUGACAAAUUUAGGAGGCUUUUGAAUAUACUACCGGAAAUUCACGCCAUGGCCGCUCGCGGCGAAGAACAUCUAUACUCAAAGCAUUGUGCUGGCAGUGCACCCACGCAGACGCUGCUCAUGGAGAUGCUGCAUGCUAAACGAAAGGUGUGAACUUGAAACAAGCAGCAGAGGUGUGAGCAACACCAAUAAAUGUAAAAAAUAUACUUAAAUAAUUACAAAUGAUAACAAAUG